AUGCAGGAUGAUUUUAAUCUUCCGUACUUUCACGGAGCGUUGAUGGAUCAAGAUGCUGACACAAUGCUACAGAACGAAGGUGAUUUCCUGAUUCAAACUCGCCACUCGUCUGGAGCAGUCAGACAACGGAUGGUGAUUGCGAUUCGGACGAAAGACGCCAUAAAACGCAUCGACGUUCGACGGUCUGAGAACGGCGUGCGGCUUGGAGGAAGAACAUUCACAAAUCUACGAAAGAUGGUAGAACAUUACUCCGAAAAACCAAUAGUAUUACAAGGAGGUGAAGAGCUCUUACUAAAGAAACCAGUCCCUAAGGGAAAGUAUCAACUUGUUCAUAGCGAUGUUAAACUUCUUAAAAAGAUUGGUUCUGGUGCUUACGGUACGGUGUAUCGUGGACUGCUGCUUCGUGAAAAUAAUCGGAUGAUUGCUGUGAAGAGAAUUGAUUCCGAAGGAACAGAUGAUCACGCGCUUGUUGAAAUGAUGAAAGAAGCUCGUGCCAUGCAGCUCAACGAUCACAAACAUAUUGUAAAGUUUUUUGGAUUUAUUGUCGAUCGGAUGCCAUACUUGCUCGUUAUGGAAUACUGUGAUGGAGGUUCAGUAGAAGACAGACUACGUGCUCAUCCAAAGAAAACUACCAUUCCAAUGAGAGUGAAUAUGUCAACGCAAGCUUCAUAUGGUCUUGAAUAUCUUCACUCAAGGGACUGCAUCCAUCGCGACAUCGCCACCAGGAACUGUCUGAUCGACAGGUCUAUAGUGAAAUUAGCUGAUUUUGGAAUGUGUCGAGCGACCAACGUCUAUAAAAUCGACCUCUCAAAACCGUUGAAUGUACGAUGGCUAGCACCAGAGGUAAACACAGAAAAAUUUGUUCAAUUUGACUAUUUGAGACCUUAA